AUGGAAACCACAGGCUCCUCCUCGAGACGACUCUCGGAACUGCGGUCGAAUCGGAAUGCAAAGUUGGGUGCUCUAAAGGAGAAAUUAGGCGCUCCUUCUCCAAAUAAUCAAUCGGACAUUGACAUUCGCAACAAGGCCCUCCAUUUGUUGCAACAAGUGGAUCCGCAAGAGAAUGCUGUCUCGUAUGCCCAACAAGCUCGUAGUCGAGAGAGUGGGAAUGCUCCCUUUCAGUCGUAUCAAAACAAUGCGGAAGCCUUGGAGCGGGAACGAGAGGCAAAUCGACGUUCGUAUCCAUCUUCUUAUAGCGGUCCAUCACAAGGAGGAGGAGGCGACGAUCUGGUGGACUUGUUAAUGCCGGUCGUCAGCUGUGUGUCCAAUGCCUGCCGGGUGGGCAUUUCGGGGAUUGCCCAACAAGCUGCCCAAGGCGUUUCCAUGAUGACACGAGAAGCAGAAGAUCGAAUAUUUGCUACUUCCAACAAUUCGAAUAAUAUGCAAGGAAACUUUGACUCUGUGGGAAUUCCUUCUUAUCAGGGAAGCAAGUAUUCAGACAUUCCAGAGACUACUAGUGCAGCUGGAACAACCGGAGGACAAAAGACUGGAGAACACGCUGAUAUUUUGAGUUGUUAG